GAUGUCCUCAGGAGCGCGCGGCUUCACGGUGCGUAAAGACACUUCAAGCACAAAAUGUGUGGAUUGGCGCUUCUUUGCGUUUACACACGGGCUGCUCCUGAUCCUCCUGGAGAGGAAUCCGUUCCUGUAACAGGACACUAAGCUAUUUUUAAACGUCCAACUCACUGAUGCCUGGAAAGAUGGACACUCUGUACAACGGCACCGAUUUUAACGGCACUAACGGGACAAAUGUGUGCGUUAACUGCAGCGAUGGCUUCAACCAGUUCAUCCAGCCGGUGUGGCAGAUCACACUCUGGGCUGUCGCCUAUUGCAGCAUCGUGGCGGUGUCUGUGGUUGGGAACAUGGUGGUUAUCUGGAUUAUUCUGGCGCAUAAACGCAUGAGGACCGUCACCAAUUACUUUCUGGUGAACCUGGCCUUUGCCGAGGCGGCCAUGUCAGCAUUCAACACAGUGAUCAACUUCGCCUACGCUGUUCACAACGAGUGGUACUUUGGUUUGGUUUACUGCCGCUUCCACAACUUCUUCCCCAUCGCGGCCAUUUUCGCCAGCAUUUACUCCAUGACGGCCAUCGCUCUGGACAGAUACAUGGCGAUCAUCCACCCCCUGCAGCAGAGGCUGACAUCUACAGAGACCCGCGUGGUGAUCACUGUGAUCUGGGUGCUGGCUCUGCUUCUGGCCUUCCCUCAGUACUACUUCUCAUCCACCGCGCUGCUGCCUGGACGCACAGUCUGCUACAUUGACUGGCCUGAGUACACCUCGGUGGACUUCAAGAAGAUAUACUACGUGUGUGUGACACUGCUGAUCUACUUCUUGCCCCUCUGCAUUAUGGGAUGUGCGUACACGAUCGUGGGUGUCACCCUCUGGGCGAGUGAGAUUCCUGGAGACUCUUCGGAGCACUACAAAGAGCAGCUGACUGCCAAACGCAAGGUGGUGAAGAUGAUGAUCGUGGUUGUGUGUACGUUCGCUGUCUGCUGGCUGCCCUAUCACAUCUACUUCCUACUGCACCAGUUCUUCCCCGAUUUAUUCGAAGAGCGCUACAUCCAGCAGGUGUACCUGGCCAUCAUGUGGCUGGCCAUGAGCUCCACCAUGUACAACCCGAUCAUCUACUACUGCCUCAACAGCAGGUUCAGAGCAGGUUUCCAGCAGGUGUUUUGUUGCUGUGCUCCAACUGUCGCCAAGGAGGAGCUGGAGCUCAAGUCACCGCGUUACCUGCAAACACAGGUGAGCAUAUAUCGUGCCAGUCGCAAUGAGACGGUUGUGUCCACCGCCGUCAACCCUGCAGCAACGGAGCAAAAGACAGCAGAGCUGCCGUCCGGCCCCCCUCACAGCCCGCCUCACGCAGAGGUCACAUCUAACGGCUCGGGCUCAGAGACGUUUACCAAGAGCCCCAACAGCCCCUCCCAGUAGAGGAAACACCAUCAGGUGGUGUGGGAACAAAGUGUGGAUGUGUGAAGAGCAGCGGCUCAAACCUGCCUUCAGCUCUCACUGUUCUGAGGAGGCAGUCGAGCUCGGACACUGCCGUACCAGUCAGGUGCAUUAUUUAGCUCUGGUGUUUUGUUCUUACCAGUGAGACAAGUGCAUUAAUACCACACAGAGGCCUACAGCUGAUCAUCAGUGGGUGGGAACUCAUCAGAGUGAAAACAAGUGUUAGUGUGUUAUAAAAUACAAUACAAAAAAGAAACCAGUGUCAGCUUGGGGCUCAAUGUCACAUGUCAAUGGAGGUCAAAUUAUACAAUAUUUCACACACAAAAACAGUCCAAACAAGUUAAACAUAUUUUCAUUCCUCUACUAAAGGGAGAGAUGUCUGUGCACUUCCCUAAAAUCGGAGAUUCAAACGUACGCCAGGCAGCUAAAUUAGAUAUGUCACUGAUGCAAAAGCCAAUCGCUGUCUAAUCCAGGGCACACACAUCGACAGGGGAACAGACUUCGACCCAACACUUUCAAAGAAACCUGAAACCUCCAGCACGAAGCAGAUUGUCACUACAGAGAGCAGAGUUAACAUUAGCACAGUGAGUGUAUGGAGGUAAAUGGACCAAUGUGAACACACUGUCACACUGUAGCAGACAUUAUGGUGUGUUUCACAGCCACUAACACUGUGUCAGCCCCUGCUAAUUACAAGCUAACAAACAACAUGAAUAAAAGACGCUAACUACACCAACCAUUCUGAUACGUCUGCUAGUCUGGGUCUGACUGAGGCUCAGACAUGUAUGGCCGAAUCUCUGUACAGUUUCCCCUAAUGCUAACCAUCUUAAUGCACACUGAUUUGUCACUCUUUCAUCGGUCAACGUAGCGCGAGUAAUGCUGGAGAAACAGGAAAGCAAAACACACCGCCAGAUCUAGAAUUUCUCAGAGAGAAAGGAAGGCUAGAUCUGCUUCUAAACUCUUUUCAGAGGUUUUUUUUUUUACUAUUAUGACGGAAAACAGUGUUAAACAAAGUGCUAUACUUUAGAAUAUGUCUGGUGAGGGGCUAUGAGUACACUUGCAUCUAUUUACAUUGUACAGUUGCCAGCAGCUUAUUCGCUUAGCCCCUCCUUGCCAAGAAUUCGGUCGCUCCGUGAGACAAGAAUUUGCUACCUAAUGUCAGCCACCCCGCUGUCCCUGGGCAGAGAGUGAGCACAAGCUCCAAAGUCCCACCUUGGGUCGUUGGCUAUAGCAGCUUGAAUAGAGUGCCCCACUUAAGAGUCCUAAAACCUGGAAAUGAGUUAGCACUCCCGGUUCCCUUGUCUCAAAGUCAAAAGUUUGGUUUACACAAGCUUAAGAGACUCACGUUUUGCUCUACAACAUAAAAUACAUCAGUAAAUACCCUACUCUUGAACUUUGAGGCUUCUACAUGACUUACAAAAAAGCGGUUUCUAACAAAUGGUUAAAUGAGACUACAGAACAUCAUCGCGCAGAAAACGGCUUCACAGUCUUGUUAUGGCGGUGACAUUAAUUAUAAACAUCUGUUUGCCACAAAGCUUAUUUUCUGCAGCAUUCCUAAAUCCAAUGGGAAAAUUCCAGAGGCUUUUUGACGAGAGAACCAGUGCGAUGCUAACUUACGUGUCAGCGCAGAAAAAUGUCAUCCCUGGGGCACGUUAUUUGACCUGCACAAACCCUCCAACACUGGGUGUCACAGCAGUGCUGGGUCUAACUUGUGUAACAGCAGCAACAGAAAGUUUGCUGAUCCAGCGAACAGUCUGGACUGUCCAGUCCACCAGAGCUGGGGUUUGCGCUGGCUAGAUUCCGGUUGCUUCAGCCACUAACUAGGGGUCUGUCUCCGGAGCUGCUGCCCACUCACCUCCCAGUGAGGUGGUCUGUAGUGGCGGGGAGUGAGGCGGAGGACACACUGUGAUUCGAGGCGCUCGCUAACAUUAGCUACAUAAACGUUUAUCUCCAUCUCUGAAACACAUUGCUGAUAUUCAGACUCUAUUUUAGACUUUCAUUUUGAUGAGUCCGUCUUGUGUUUCGUGUUGCUUUGCAGUGUAGACAGUUGUUGCCAACGCUGGAGUCGUAACUCUCUCAGUGGGAUUCUCCACCAUUGAGUCAGGCUGUCACUGAAGGGACGUGCACGCACAUCUGCCUUGGUAGAACAGCCAAUAGGAACACACUCUCUCUGAAAUGACCUGUGAUUGACUGAAGUCUCCCGCCACAGGAUAGAUUUUCUAAAGCCUGAAAACAGAGCCAAGAGGAGGUGCAGAAAUCUAGUGUUCUUUCAGUCCACUCUAACUACAAUAUGCUCCAAGUUUACUGUGGGAUUUUUGCCAAGUGAAGCCAAACUGAAACUUCCUUUAAGCAAAGGUUUUGAGUUCUUCUUCCACCACUGGUGACAACACACAGCUGUGCACAAACCGUUGGACACCACGGACAUGAUAUACUGAUAGCAACACAUCAGUCUACUUCACGCUGGUCCGUUUCAUCAUUCAGCAUGUGUCCUGCUCUGACACUUGACCCCCAGCAUUCUCGGGCUGGUUUUGGAAAGCGUGACCCUCUGCUUCCCCUUGGCAACAGUGUCACGACAAGUUGGUGACGCAGUGUUUGUGUUGUGUGGAAACAGGGGGACAGAUUCUCUUGUGUGUGUGUGUGUGUGUGUGUGUGAGUGUGAGUGUGUCUCUAGCACCUGUUGGGCAGGAUUAGCCCCUUGUUUUGACAAUGCGUUGAGCAGAGUUCAGUCUGCAGCAGCCAGGUCACAGGCCAGCCAAAUAUAGAAGAUGGGACAGGGAGGCGCAUGUACUGUAGAGGAGCCGAUGAAGUCCUAGAGGAAAGAAAAGAGGGUUCACCACCCUCAUGCAUCUGUUUACAAGCUUCGGACUGGGUGAACUGGGACAUCACUGGUGAGGAAUGAUGCUAUUUCAGCCUCGCAGACAACAGCUGCACAAAUAUAAUGUACACAUACUGCUCUGGUUUACCUGUGUAACCGCUCUGUUAACUUUGAUGUGAGUGCUUGAUGUUGAGCAUACAGAAUGCAUUAGGACCAAAUAUUUUCAUGUCUUGACAUGUUGUCAUUCAUUGGUUCAGUAUAAUUACAGGAGGUGCCCUUGGUGUUGCCGACCCACCUGCUGUAUGUGCUGUGUGUGCCCAUGCUAUGGCCUUUAUGUAUUUCAGCAACAAGGACAGGCUGUUAUUUGGCUAAAAUAACCCUCUGACAGUGUCUUUAAUGGGUUAGUUCAGAUAUUUGAAGUGAGGUUGUCUGAGGUGCUGAUCCAUAAACAGUUAAUUACCUACAGUAGAUAUCAUAUGACACGCCCCCAGUUUGCAGAAGCAGGCUGGAAUCCGACAUGAAAGCUAAGCAAUCUACUGUUAAACGUAUUUUAACCACUAAAAAGAGAACAGUGUUUAAAGUGUAAGCUUCAUUAAGAGUAUUUUUCACUGCUUUACCUUAUUGUCAGACAGUGAUUUCCAACAGGAAAAGGAAGCUGUUACAUCGCUUUCUUCAAAGCCAGACUCCAUUGAGAAAAUCAGUGAUUUAAGAUUGCUUAAAACAGGAGCUGCUGGUCUACGGCUGCCUUCUUUAGUUAGUUUGUUUGUGUGAUUGUGUGAUUUCGGCAUUUAAAAGAGUUGGUUCAGAUUCACCAAAGUCACACAAUGACACAAACUAACUAACUGAUCGGGGCAGUGAUAGAUCAGCAGCUCCUGUGUUCAGCAAUGUUAAAUCACUGAUUUUCUCAAUGGAGUUUGGUGGCUUUGAUUACUCAAUCAAUCAAACUUGAUUUAUAAAGCAUUUUUCAUAGAAACAGAAUACACACACACACACACACACA